AUGCCUUUCGUCUUCACCUCGUACUUCGACCGCUUCCCUGGAUUCGAUCACCAUCCUCGUCGCAGUGUGCGCGAUGAAUUCAACCGUCUCGCGAAGACCCAGAAGUGGGACAAGGAAGACACCGCCCGCCAGAGAGCCGCCUGCUACAAUGAGGAGCUUGAAGGCCACUUCGCUGGUCUCGGCAUCACCGACCAGCUCGGGCGUCUCCAGCACCUCUGCGUUGAGCUCGGCAUCGAGCCCCUGGACACUAUCAACAAGUGCAAGAAGGUUCUCAAGAAGACUCACGUCAACCUCGUCGACUUGAUGAACGCCCACCGCACUGGCAAGAAGGUCGGAAAGUUCGACACCUACAAGCAGCUGAGAACUUACACCCUUGAGUCUGGCAAGAUCUACCCCAAGAAGUAUGCCAAGGGCGAUGUUGUCAAAGUCCUCCUCAGACAGAUCUUCUACGAGUGA